AUGGAAGAGGCAGACAAGGACCGCAAUUCCUGCAAGCGCCUGCGGGCGGUGGGCGGCGGCGGCGACUCGGCGGAUGCGUGGCGGAGUUUCCGGGUGGCGCGCGCGGCGGCGGGCGGCAAGGACCGGCACAGCAAGGUGGUGACCUCGCGCGGCCUCCGCGACCGCCGCAUCCGGCUCUCGGUGCAGACGGCCAUUCAGUUCUAUGACAUCCAGGACCGCCUGGGUGUCGACCAGCCCAGCAAGGCCAUCGAGUGGCUCAUCCAAGCCGCCGCCACCGCCAUCGAUGGUCUCCCGUCGUUGGACUGCUCCUUCGCCUUCCCUGUCGCCUCCCCAGCAGCAGAAGACACCGCGGAGGUCAGCACCUCGGAGACCAGCAAGGGCUCCGUGCUCUCGCUCGCCAACGGCCCUGCCGACAAUGAUAAUGCCGCUCACCAAGCCAGUGCAUACAACGGGGGCAGUGCCAAUGGCACGUUUGCCGGGCUCCUGCACUGCUCCAACGCCGCCGACAAGCCAAUGCAGCAUCAGCAUCAGCAGCAGCAGCCGACGCUUGCCUACUACGCCGCCCCGGGUUCGCACAUCGCGCCCAUGUCCUUCGAGAUGAUUCCCCAGCUCACCUUCUCCCAGGACCAGCAGCACUGCCACCACCACCACCACCACCACCAUGCCUCUGUCUCCUUCGACAGGAGCACACUUCAGUCCAACACCGUCUCCACGCCUCAGUGGCCCCCGUCCCAGCACCCGUUCCUGAUGCAGAGGUUCUCUGCUGCUCCAGCCGAGCCUUCGCCUAUGUUUCCCUUCUUUCUUGGAGGCAACAACGCUGCUGCUGCGGCUGCUCCUGCGGCGGCCAAUGCGCCGGAGCGGAGGCUGCAGCUCUGGGACUUCAAGGAGGAAAGGAAGACAUAG